AACAUCUCCUUAUGUAUAAGAUUACCAGUAAAAUAUAAUAUUAAAUUAUCUCCAGACACUUUUUUGUACAAAUAGUUUAUUAUUCUAAGAUGCCAACAGAUGUAGAAACACUUGUUGAAAUGGGUUUUCCAACCCAUCGAGCACAGCGAGCUCUUGCUAAAACUGGCUAUAAAGGUGUCCAGCUUGCCAUGGAUUGGCUGUUUGCACAUUCAGAUGACCCUGAUAUAGAUGAACCAGUGGAGGCACCAAAAGAUAAUAUUCUUGGAAAAGCUGAAGAAGCAGCAGCUGAGACAAGUGAAACCAGUCCUGGGGAAACUGAAGGUACAGAUCAAGCAGAGCAACCCAAAUCCUUGAAAUGUGAUGAGUGUGGGAAACUGCUAAAAAGUGAGAUAGAAAUGCAAGCUCAUGCUGCCCGAACUCAGCACUCAAGUUUCUCUGAGAGUACAGAUGAGGUUAAACCACUAACAGAUGAAGAGAAGAGGGAACAAAUGGCCAAGUUGCAGGAAAGGCUGAAACAGAAGCGUCUUGAGAAAGAGGAACAGGACAAAAAAGAACAAAUACAGAGAGAAAAAAUGAGACGUAACCAAGGUCGGGAUCUCUCAUUAGCAAAGCAAAAGCUGGAAGAAGCUGAAAUGAAGAAGAUUGCUGAAGAGAGACGAAGAGAGAAAAAUGAAGAGAAGCUUGCAAGGCAAAGAGUUAAGGAUCAGAUUGAAAAGGAUAAACAAGAUCGAGCAGCUAAGCUGGCUAAAGAGAAAGAAGAAACUCCGGUGAAACCUGCAGCAAUAUCUUCACCCUCACCAUCCAAUACACCUACACCUGUUCAGCCACCGAAAGAAUAUUCUGAAUGUAAAUUACAGAUUCGCCUUACAAAUGGCCAAGCCCUAACACAGACAUUUGGUGCUAAAGAGCCCCUCAGUGCAGUACGGUUGUAUGUUGAAAUGAACAGAACAGAUGCUCAAGGACCUUUUAGCCUAAUGACCUCUUUUCCAAGAAAAGUUUUUAGUUCUGCUGAUAUGGAUAUGCCUUUAGAUUUUCUAGGUUUAGUACCAUCUUCAGUCCUGAUGGUUACCAAAAAAUAACAAUGGCUGUUGUUUUUUGAAGACUUAAGAUCUACAUAAAUUUGGUGUGGAUGGUUUUGUGUUGGCAUCAUUUACUGCUCAUGUUUAUGGGUUCCAUGGAAGUCAAGGUCCAUUAGAAACUUUGUUAACAGUGGAACUUUUUUCUUCUUUGAAUGGUGUCGUCAGAUCUUAUAUUUUGUGAAAAAUCCAGUCUCCAUCAACUGAAGUCAAGUCAAAAUCUUGUUCACAGUGGGUUCUAGUCCCAUAACACCCAUACCAAAAAAAAAGCACCUAAUUUUUACAUUUAAUUUUUAAAAAUCAAAUUGUUAUGUUAAUUUUUUCUUAGUUUUUUAGUAGUUAAAACUAAUAAAAUAUUUUGAUUUAAAGUUGUGCCAAAUGUGAUUGCCUGAACAAAUAAUUAGCAGUAUGGGAAUGUAGUUAUAUUUUGUCACAGUUACCAACCUCUUAUAGUAAGAUCUGCUUUCUGUGUAUACGAAAAUAGAAUUAGGUAUUUUAUUGUAUAAAAAACAUUCUCCGGAAAAUGGAAUAGUUGUUUGAUUUGCUGAAUCCAUUUUUAUUAUGUUGCUAAAUUGUUGAAAAUGUUUUUUUUUCAAAAAGUGCAGGCUUUGAUUAAAUAAGACUUGAAGUCUUAAUGAACUGUGUCAAAACUAAUGACAAUAACGCAGUUUUCUCUUUUACAAUUUUAUUUCUUGUUUUACAUAAGUGCUUUGCAUAGAAUAAAAUAUAUUAGUGAUAUAUGUGUAAAAUCAAAAGAAUGCAUUUACAAAGAUGAAAUACAAUGUGACAUUUAAAGUUGGAUGUUAUUCUUUAAUAUAAGUGCAACAAAUUAAAAAAAAACAAUAUGUAAAAUGUACUCUGCAAAAAUUACUUAUUUAUAAUUUAGAAAGAAAAGUUUUUUGUAAAUCUUAAAAAGUAUUUCUAUUUAUAAUGUCAGAUUAUAACUAGUAGAGACUCCCAUUGUAUUAGAUAUAAAAAAAAUAAAAA